AUGAAGAACGAAAAGCGAUCAGAAACAACGAACGAGGAUUGGAGGAGACAGGUCCAUGAAAUGCCGUGGCCUGUGAACGCAUUUAUCGUAGUACCCACAAAUAUUGUAAGAGGCAAACUUUAUUGUAAAACUGGAUAUCAUUUACAAAUAAGAAGGAAUGGCAUGGUAUCUGGAACGAUGAACAGGAAUAGUAUAUACACUUUAUUCGAACUUCAAUCUUUUGGCCGAGGCAUCGUACGAAUAAAAAGCAUUGCGACAAAUCUUUAUCUUUUUAUGAAGAGAAACGGCCUUUUUAAAGGAAUAAAAGAACCAAGAAAUCUCAAAACGUUAUUUAGUGAGCAUCAUCGUCGCAACGCAUACAACACAUACGUAUCUUUAUCAUAUUACCACAAGAAAAGAUACGACAUGUACCUCGGAAUAAAACAGAACGGAAAGAUCAAGAGGGCCAUGAAGACACACAAGCGGCAAAGAGCAACACAGUUUCUUGUUAUUACCAUCGUAUUCGUUGUGCUCUGCUUGACACUACAAAACGUUCAAGGAUGUCAGUUGUCGGCCACAAGCCCUAUCUCUAAUACCACGGUCAAUCCCUCAGUCCUGGACAAGCAAUACAUACUAAAACUGAGCAAGAUUGUCAAUCAGAAAUUCAAAGCAACUUUACUUCAAGAAUGCAACGCGACCAAAGAAAUGGUGUUGGACGAAAUGAUAAGAAGAUACAACAUGGUGUUGAAAAGGAUGAACAAUAAUACAGUAAGACGUGUAACUCGAAUACGUCUUGGAGAUUUGGUGUGUGAAAGAAACAUCCGGGGCUCAUUUACCACGUCAACAAACCAACGUAAAAAACAAGUCUUCUUCAGAAAUGGACUUCUACUGUCUAUUGGCCACGACGGAAAGUUUUCCGGAAAAAGUUUAACGUCAGCAAAUAAAAACAGCACAAUAUUUUACAUCAAGCCAACUGCAACCCAAGUUGUUAUGAUCCAAUCAGUAUCAACCAAGAAGUUUGUCACAAUGAACCGACACGGUCAUAUUUCAGCCAAAUCAAAGCCAGACCUAGAAGCAUUGUUCUUCAUGAAAUCAGAAGAAAAUCGUUUCCAUACACUUGCUUCCUUUAAGUAUUACCUCUCCUGUCCAUACGACAUGUUUCUUGCAAUAAGAAAUAACGGAAAUAUGAAGUCACCUUUCCACAGUCUUCCCGGACAAGACUCUACACAGCUAUUGUUCAUUCCUUUUAAACAGUGAGACAGGAAAAUAUUCAACUGAAGUUUUAUAUCACUGUGGGGAAAAUAUCAUUCCAUGCUAUAGCCAUAACAUGAACAUUCACCUUGACGUGGAUUGCUUAUCAUUUUUUCAUUUUGCGCAUGACAAGAAACGAGCACUAAUCUUAUACUUCAAAAAAUAACAUUGGUUUGUCUUUCUUAGUAGAACGUACACUUGUUUGCAAUUGCAUAGGCUUAUAUUCAAAUUCAAUAGCAGCUAGCUUUAACCAUGCAAGACUGGGUCUAUAAAAUUUACAGUCUUGCAGACGGACCAGAGGCACAAGACAACGAAAUUUGAGUUUUUGCCGAGUCGCGAUUAAAAAUAUAACAGAAUAAUUCAGCUAUUGAUUCAAUUUCCAUCUAACCUUUAGUUUAAGCAACUCAAUAUUUUCCUAACGGUUUAAAGAGUAAUAAAACAAACACCAUCUUGUCUAAUUUAACAUAUGUAACUUGAAUCGUUGUUGACACUUACAUGAUUUGAAAUUCCCUUGAGUCGAUAAUAAAAACAAUUUUCACAGAUUGGACGUUGACAGUGAUCCAUUGCAGAUUGUAUUUAUCACCAUAAAGGACAAAAUUAACAAAUAUAAGUGUUGAAACUAAUGAAAUAUAUCACAAUUUGAACAAGUACAUUUACAGUUGUUUGAAAAAUACUGAAACGCUUUCACUCAUGUUGGAGCCUGCAAUAUGUUGCAUGUAAACAUAGAGAGGUACUUCAUGCUGCAUUAAAUACAAACGACUCUUGUAAGUGUACUAUUUUAUAUCACAUUUUUAAAAGUAAAACCAACUGAAAAUGGUCGAAAUUUUAUUAUUAUUCCUAUUUUAUGUAAUGUACAAAAUAUACUAUGUUUUUUGGCGCCAACCAAA